UGCGGGGUUGCGGUUUGGGCGCUGCUUGAGGUCAGGUCACUCCGAGCACGGAAGAUGUUGCUCUUGGCCGUCAGCAGCCCAUUGGUCGCCCGACUGCGUCUCGGCGGCGGCGGGACGAGAGUUAGACCGUGGGCCGCGGCGGCGCUGCGGGGUCUCUGGGCCGCCGGAGAUCCCCGGGAGGCCUACAUCCCCGGGCACGCGGGCAGCUCUCGGAGCGCACGCGCAGCAGUCCCGGGAGUGGCGCGAGCCUUGGCUCGAGGCCUCGUCCUCGGGGCGCCCCGUAGAGAACAGACUCCUUUUUCUUCUGGUGGAUAUGUUCAUACUCAUACCCCUCUUGAACAAUCAGAAGAUGGAAGACUGAUUUAUACAGGGAAUAUGGCACGAGCAGUAUUUGGUGUGAAAUGUUUCUCUUAUUCGACAAGCUUGCUCAGCCUUGCAUUACUCCCAUAUAUAUUUGGACAAGCUAAUGUUGAAUUUGGAAGUCUGCCUCUGAAAAUUGCAUUUUAUGGCGCUUUAGGAACUUUUACAUUAAUUACUCCAAUGAUACUUCACUUUAUUACAAAGGGAUAUGUGGUUCGAUUGUACCAUGAAGCCAAGACAGACAUUUAUACAGCCAUUACAUAUAAUGUUGUUCUUUUAGAAAAGAGAACAGUGUUUCAUCAAAAUGACGUAAAGGUUCCAGAUAUCAAAAGUAUAUUUACCUCAUUUUAUGCAAAAACAAAAUCAAUGCUAGUUAAUCCAAUGCUUUUUCCAUACCCUCAAGAUUAUAACCAUCUUAUGGGCUAUGACAAACCUUUUACUUUUGACAUCGAAGAAUCCAAUGAAAAUAAAUAGCACAAAGAAGAUAAAUGUGACCCUCUUUGUUGUAUAUCGGUUCAAGUGUAUCUUUUUUGUAUCAUUGUAAAAUAAUAAAUUAUCCUUUUAUUAUUAG